UCUGUGUCGAAAAAGAAAAAAAAGAAAAACAGAAGUUGAUAGGGAUAGAAACACAUUUGGCUGCUUCUAUAGUUAACAAGAUGCUGUUACAUUCCUUGCCUCACGAGCUCUAAAGACUAAACUAGCGGGACAAAGAAAGCACCUGAGAUGAGAUGAGAGGAGAGUAAAGGUACAGAGAGAUUCCCUGGAUAUUUGUUCUCUGUCCUCUCAGGGGCUUUGCUACCCCUAGAGAAUUAUCCAUAUUAAGAACUUGCAUUAAUAUUCUGGGUUCUGUUUCAUUUUUUAGGGUCUCAAGAGCAUGCUCAAGUCAUUCACGUGUUUCCAUCAAAUACAGACACAGAUCAGGGAAGAUUAAACCCUACUAAUUUCUCAUCAGAUGCCUCAGAACAAAGUGCCUUUCAAGAACUAAUGGUCAAAAUAUCCACUCACAAGACAAAUAAGCUUAUAAAAUCUCUUCUUACAAUCCUGACAUAAUGGAAGUUUCCCUAAACCACCCAGCAUCUAAUACAACCAGCACAAAGAACAACUCAGCAUUUUUUUACUUUGAGUCCUGUCAACCCCCUUCUCCAGCUUUACUCCUAUUACUUAUAGCCUAUACUGUGGUCUUAAUUGGGGGCCUUUUUGGAAACCUCUCUCUCAUCAUCAUCAUCUUUAAGAAGCACAGAAAAGCUCAGAAUUUCACCAGCAUACUGAUUAUCAAUCUCUCCCUCUCUGAUAUCUUAGUGUGUGUCAUGUGCAUCCCUUUUACUAUCAUCUACACUCUGAUGGACCACUAGAUAUUUGGGGAUACCAUGUGCAAACUCACAUCCUAUGUGCAGAGUGUCUCAAUCUCUGUGUCCAUAUUCUCACUUGUACUCAUUGCUGUCGAAAGAUAUCAGCUAAUUGUGAACCCCCGUGGCUGGAAGCCCAGUGUGACUCAUGCCUACUGGAGCAUCACACUGAUUUGGCUGUUUUCCCUUCUGCUGUCUAUUCCCUUCUUCCUGUCCUACCACCUCACUGAUGAGCCCUUCCGCAACCUCUCUCUCCCCACUGACCUCUACACCCACCAGGUGGCCUGUGUGGAGAACUGGCCCUCCAAAAAGGACUGGCUGCUCUUCACCACCUCCCUUUUUCUGCUGCAGUAUUUUGUUCCUCUAGCCUUCAUCUUCAUCUGCUACUUGAAGAUUGUUAUCUGCCUGCGCAGGAGAAAUGCGAAGAUAGACAAGAAGAGGGAAAAUGAGAGCCGGCUCAAUGAGAACAAGAGGAUCAACACAAUGUUGAUUUCCAUCGUGGUGACCUUUGGAGCCUGCUGGCUGCCCCUGAUAUCUUCAAUGUCAUCUUUGACUGGUAUCAUGAGGUGCUGAUAAGCUGCCACCACGACCUAGUAUUUGCAGUUUGCCACUUGGUUGCUAUGGUUUCCACAUGUAUAAACCCUCUCUUUUAUGGCUUUCU